GCUCUAACUUUUGAAAUUCCAAAAGUUUUCUACCGCGCUCAUCAUUAUUUCAUUCUUUUCUGUUAUAAAACUUUGUCCCUGUUUUUUGUAGUCAACAACUGGAGUGAGUAGUAGGAGUGGAGCCACAGAACAACUUAUAUCCCUUAGCUUGAAUUUUGUUAGAUCCUUAAUUAGGAACUACAAUAAAUAUGGAGAACGAGGUUGUUCUGUUGGAUACAUGGCCAAGCAUGUUUGGUAUGAGGGCUAGGAUUGCAUUGGCUGAAAAGGGUGCCAAUUAUGAGUACAAGGAGCAAGAUCUUUGGAGCAAGAGUUCUUUGCUUCUUCAGGUGAAUCCAAUUCACAAGAAGGUUCCAGUUCUGAUCCAUAAUGGUAGAUCAAUAUGUGAAUCUGCAAUUAUAGUUCAGUACAUUGAUGAGGUUUGGAAUGACAAAUUUCCAAUCAUACCCUCGGAUCCUUAUGAGAGAGCUCAGGCCAGAUUUUGGGUUGACUUCAUUGACCAAAAGUAUAAUAAUACGUGGAUGAAACUAUGGCUCUCGGAAGGUGAAGAACAUGAAACAUGUAAGAAGGAGUUGAUCUCCAAUUUGAAGCAACUAGAGGAUAUUUUGGGAGAAAAAGCAUUUUAUGGGGGUGACACUUUUGGGUUUCUUGAUAUUUGUCUCAUCACAUUUUAUAGCUGGUUUUAUACCUUUGAGAAUUACGGCAAUUUCAAAAUGGAAGCAGAGUGUCCUAAAUUGAUGGCUUGGGCCAAAAGGUGCAUGCAGAGAGACACUGUUUCUAAGUCACUUGUUGAUGAUAGGAAGGUGUAUGAUUAUGUUGUACAAGCCAUAAAGAAUGCCUUUGGAAAAUAGAAGCACACUUCUAUUUUGUAUAAUAAAGGUGUUAGUGCAAUAAUUAUGCAUUUU